UCCCAUUUGUAUGACUGUGACAGGUGGUAGCCCGAUAGCUAGCGUUCGGAAAGACGUUAGUUUGCAAUAAAAACGCGAGCACUUCAUUGGAUUACAAUAUACUGCUAGCGAGAUUAGCGGUUCUCAGUAUUUGUGCUUGCAAAGACCCAUUUGACAGAUGCAAUGCAUUCACUUGCACAGGAAAUUCAAGGAUUUUCGAAAACAAAACUGAAAAAGCAAAGCACUGUUGUGACAACUGUGCUCGGGCGACGGCAUAUAGAAACAAUGGACGACUCCAACGUGCUCGAAAUUGAGGAACCAGGGAUGUCAGGCUGUGGAUUUGUUCAAGAUACCAGUUUGGAUCUUCAUGUUGGCAUUAUCAAGCCAUUUCUACUGCUCUCAUCCCAAGACGCAGCCCAAGAUAUAGAAACUUUGAAGAAAUUUAAGGUUUCACAUAUAUUGAAUGUCGCCUAUGGUGUUAAAAAUAACUUCCCAGAUCUAUUCAGUUAUAAAACAGUGACCAUUCUGGAUAUUCCGGAAACAGACAUCACCUCAUAUCUCCAAGAAUGUUCACAGUUCAUAGAUCAAGCCAAAACUGAGAGUGGGGUUGUCCUGGUCCAUUGCAAUGCCGGAGUCUCUCGUGCUGCCUCAGUAUUAAUUGGGUACCUCAUGUACAGAGAAGGUUUGGGGUUUGAUGAAGCAUUUGCCGUUGUGAAGGAAGCAAGACCCUCUAUCCGUCCCAAUCAAGGAUUUCAUGAACAACUGAAGAAUUACAAACCAUAGGCAACUUACACAAUGUAAAUGCACAACAAGAAAUAUAAAUGCAGUGUCGUAUGUAGGCCGAACAUCCUGAACAUGCAACACUCUAAUAAUAAAAUACAAAUCAUUACAAACCAUAGGCAAAUAUGUUUGUUAUGAAGCCAGUGGAACAGGGGUAUACUACAAAGCAGGAUCAAGUUAGCCAGCUAACUUACUGAAAUAUUCUUUCAUAACUUAAGCUUGAAAUAGGAAUGAUUUAGUUGACUCAACAACCCCAAAAAAUUUAAGUUUAGCAUUGUUUAUCAAAGUUAGCUGUAUACCACUCUGUAUACUCUGUAUACCACUCUGAUGGACAACAUUGAAAAUUUUAUUCAGUGUAUUGAUAAGCAUUCUCCUUCGAUAUAAUGUAUGCAAAUGUGUAGGUCUACAAUCUUGUCCCUGACAUCCUUGGAGAGUCUUGACCAUGGUGGAGAGUUUGGAAUCUGAUUGAUUGAUUGCUUCUGUGGACAGGUGUCUU